GCUUAUGCUUUGAGUUCACUACCCACUACAAAUCAUUGGCGAAUGUGCAUUAGCAGAAUACAAUAUACAGAAAGAAUACAGAUCCAAUACUUUGCCUCUUUCUUCACCUGCUCCUUCCAAAUUCCAAUUUUGGCUGGCGCAUUUUAGCAUCUAACCACCACCAAACCCUAAAAUAAGCAUUCUUUCUUUCUUUGCUUUAACUUGAGAUUUUUGUUUUCUCUUCUCACUGGACCAACAAUAAUCAUAUCAAUCAAUCAUUAUCCUCCCUCCUGAAACACCAAAACAAACCCACUUCCUCUCUUUCCUUACAGAUCCUGUUUUGAUAAUUUUCCUUCCUUCUCUGUUAUUGCCAAUUCCAAAGGUUUCAGCUUUUAGAUCUGGCUUGCUUCUUUCAAGCAAUGGAGAUACCCCAUGUUUCUUGCUUUCUUCUUUGACUCUUCUUCCCUCUGCUUCUGUAGCUGCAUUAACCACUUUUUCACCUUCAAAUUAUCACUUGUAAAUGAUGCUUGCCAUUGGGAAUCCUAUCACUAGCAUCCAUACCAGCUCUACUUGCACUGCUUUGCUCAAAGAACUUGAGCAAAUAUGGAACGAUAUUGGGGAGAGUGAGAAGGAGAAAGAUCGCAUGUUAUUUGAACUCGAGAGGGAAUGCUUAGAAGUUUACAGGAGAAAGGUUGAUGAGGCUGCCAACACCAAGGCGCGCUAUCACCAGACUGUUGCAGCCAAGGAAGCAGAGCUUGCAACACUAAUGGCUGCCCUUGGCGAACAUGAUAUUCAUUCGCCGGUAAAAAUAAAUGACAUGCUUAUUAAAACAGAGAAGAAAUCGGCAUCCCUGAAGGAGAAGCUUGCAUCUGUCACACCACUGGUUGAAGAAUUGAAGAAGAAAAAGGAUGAAAGGUUGAAGCAAUUUGCAGAUAUUAAAGCUCAAAUAGAAAAGAUAAGUGGUGAGAUUUUUGAAAGCCAUCCUGCCAAUGAUGCUGUGAGCAGCACAACAGUUGCGGAAGAACAGGACUUGUCACUAAGAAGGCUUAAUGAAUGUCAAACACAUCUUCGUACUCUUCAAAAGGAAAAGUCCGACCGCCUUCAAAAGGUCUUGCAAUGUGUGAAUGAUGUGCAUUCUCUCUGUGGUGUGCUUGGGUUGGAUUUUGGCCAAACUGUGGGUGAUGUGCAUCCAAGCUUGCAUGGGACUCAGUUGGAACAAUCGACUAAUAUUAGCAAUAGCACAUUGGCAGGUCUAGAACAGACCAUUGACAAAUUGAAAACAGAAAGGAAAGCUAGAAUGCAGAAGCUGAAGGAUGUUGUUGCUAAACUAUUUGAUCUUUGGAAUUUGAUGGACUCAUCAAAAGAAGAGAGAAACUGUUUUCUGAGGAUUACUUCUAUUGUUAGGAUUUCGGAAUCAGAACUCACUGAACGAGGUGUUCUUUCGACAGAGAUUAUAGAGAAGGCUUCAGCAGAAGUAGAAAGGCUUGCCAAACUGAAAGCAAGCAGAAUGAAGGAACUUGUAUUUAAGAAGAGGUCAGAGCUAGAGGAAAUUUGUAGACUGACUCAUAUUGAACCGGAUACCAGUACUGCUCCUGAGAAAGCUAGUGCAUUAAUAGAUUCUGGUCUGGUUGAUCCUUCUGAACUUUUAGCUAACAUCGAAGCACAGAUAAUGAAGGCAAGAGAUGAAGCUUUGAGCAGAAAAGAAGUAACAGAUAGGAUUGAUAAGUGGCUUUCUGCCUGUGAAGAGGAGAAUUGGCUUGAUGAAUAUAGUCAAGAUAACAAUCGGUACAGUGCUGGACGAGGUGCUCAUAUUAAUCUUAAACGCGCUGAACGAGCUAGAGUAACUGUGACCAAAAUUCCAGCUAUGGUUGACAAUCUUAUAAACAAAACACUUUCCUGGGAAGAUGAAAAGAAGACUCAUUUUCUAUACGAUGGGGUACGUUUGGUGUCAAUAUUGGAGGAUUAUAAACUGACCAGACAUCUCAAAGAAGAAGAAAAGCGACGGCACAAGGACCAAAAGAAGCUGCAAGAUCUACUCCUAAAUCAAAAGGAAGCCAUGUAUGGGUCUAAACCGAGUCCAAGAAAAAGUAACAGCGUUAGAAACACAAAUGGGUAUCGUGCAAAUGGCAAUGGGAAUGGCAGUGUGUCUUCUAUGCCUCCCACACCUCGCCGUAACUCUGUGAGUGGCGGAACAUCUGAACUACUAACACCGCGUUCCUACUCUGGCCGUCAUAAUGGAUAUUUCAAAGAAAUGAGAAGGUUGUCCACUGCACCUCUCAACUAUGUGGCUAUAUCUAAGGAAGAUACCAUGUCAUAUAGUUCUCAUUGUGGUUCAGAGCCUGAAUCCCCUCCCCAAGUUUAAACUUCAAAACAAAAAUGAUAAAGGAAUAGGCUAAGAUGAGAUUUUCUUUCUUGGGCUGUGCCUGUAAACAUGAUUAAAACCAGCGCAAACCUUGUGAAUAUGGAGAAGGAUUGUACACUAGUUAUUUGCUUGUAAUAAGCUGAGGUAUACCUGGACAGUGGUAACUGACAUUUGAGGACAGGAAGUAGGGUGUUUAUGCUUUUGAAGAACAUGAUCAGAUUCUAAAAGAGUGUUGAUACUGGUAGGGAUGUUUUAGGACUCCUUUGUAGAGGGGAGAUCAUACAGUGCUUGACCAUGUAUUCUAUGGGUUUUGUGUGUUCAGUUGUAUAUAUAUGUUCAGUGUGAUGGUCAUUAGUUCAUGCAGUAACUCAGAUUAUUUUGAUUCAUAAUUGUAGGAAAGUUCAUGCUAUAUACCUCAUGCCCAAUUUGUAUGCAAAUUUGACAUUUUCACUCU